GAACUCUCAAUAUGAUUGGAGGAAACCGUUGUGCUCCGCCGAAGCUAGCCACAUGCCGAUCUCUGGCAUGGUGGCAUUAUUAUUGAGAAGUAUUAGGCAUGUUACCAGAGAAACGUGUCACUAAAGCGUGAUCGCAAUCAUCAACAAAAUUUACGACCACACACAGCAAGCGCAUUCUAAGCUCAAGACUUUUGUUCCCGUUCUCUGCGGCAUACGUUCAGGCUGAAAUCAUGAAUCCAGUUUCACCCAAUUCUCAGAAAAGCGCGGUUUCCGUUGGACAACGUUCCGCUACCGCUCAGCCAGCACAACCUUCACCAGGUUCUUACAGUCAACAUGCAUCUGGCAUGGCCGCUCCUUCUGGCGCGUCUGCUGUUCCGCCUGUUCAAAUUAUUCAACCAGGCGUUGCAUACACCGCACAUGGAUCGCCCGUUGUCUGGAUGGCUAUGCCUCAUAUUUCUGUCCCUGACUGUCCCCCGGGAUUGGAGUACUUGGCACUACUAGAUCAGCUGCUUAUCCAACAAGAAGUCGAGCUCCUAGAAGUGUUUACAAGCUGUGAAGGGGCCAACAAGUACCGAAUCAAAAAUGCUAUGGCGCAGCAGGUUUACUAUGCCGAAGAAACCACGGACUGCUUGACAAGACAGUGUUGUGGAAACAUGAGGCCUUUUGAUUUGCGGGUCCUCGACAACGCCAUGAACGAAGUCAUACGUGUUCACCGACCAUACAGAUGCAAAAGCUGUUGCUGUUUUUGCUGUUUACAGGUGUUGGAAGUUACAGCCCCGCCGGGGACCGUAAUUGGGUAUGUUGUCCAAGAGUGGAGCUUUUGCAUACCAAAAUUCAAAAUUGAGAACUCGAACCACGAAGUAAUGCUGCGGAUAGAAGGCCCAGUCUGCACCAGCAGCUGUUUUGGCAACGUAGAAUUUCAGGUUCUCAGUUCGGACGGAAAAACUCAAGUUGGAAAAAUCUCCAAGCAGUGGUCAGGAGUGCUCAAGGAAAUGUUCACAGAUGCCGACAACUUUGGCAUUCAGUUUCCAAAAGACCUGGAUGUUCAUAUGAAAGGAACUUUGCUUGGCGCUUGCUUUUUAAUUGAUUUCAUGUUCUUCGAAAACAACGUAAGGAAAGGCUGAUGGGAAUGUUCGCUUCGAAUGAGAUAAUGGUUUCUCAGCCAUGCCGAGUUCUGCAUAGACAAAGAGAAAGAUCUUGCCUACGUCCUCUGCGAAAAAUUUGUUUGUUUGGUGUGGCUAGUCGUUUCCGUGUGGAUUUGUGAACCAAAUACAUAGUUGCUUUCGUUAGAGAGCGUCUGGAAGACGUGGUAGACAAAAGUGUCGCUAUCGAUA